CUGCUGUGUGAACGCUCAGAAGGAGCAGCGGGCCAACCGCGAGCGAGAGCAGAGUUUGAGUGAAGCCAGUCGAAACGAUCGGAGGCUGGAUCUAGUCUUUUUGACUUUGCUGGCGAUGAUUGAGUCUCUGUGAUUUGGCUGUUUCCUUGAUCUGCCUGUUACAGUACUUCCUCUUUGCCAAAGACUGAUGGUUUAGUAACUAAAGUACUAUAUGUACUGUGCAUAGCCCUCACCUCUAUCACACCUAAGAUGAAUUCCAACAAUAUGCCUAAGCAAGUGGAGGUGAGGAUGCACGAGAGCCACCUGGAGCCUAUCGAGGCCAGGCCCAGGUCCAAGUGUGCCAACCUCUGCUCCAAGUUGUUCAAGAACUUGCUGCUCACGCUCACCGUGCUCGGUGUGAUUCUGGGGGCUGUGUCUGGGAUGCUGCUUCGUGUCGCCUCUCCCAUCCACCCGGACAUCGUCAUGGUGAUUGCCUUCCCUGGAGACAUACUGAUGAGGAUGCUGAAGAUGUUGAUUCUCCCUCUGAUCAUCUCCAGUUUAAUCACAGGUCUGGCUGGUUUGGACGCCAAGUCCAGUGGUCGCCUGGGCACCAGGGCUAUGGUCUACUACAUGUCCACCACCAUCAUCGCUGCUGUGCUGGGGGUCAUCCUAGUCCUGAUUAUUCACCCUGGCGACCCUAAACUGAAGGAGAAGCUGGGAGAGGGACACAAGAACGACGAUGUCUCCAGCCUGGAUGCCUUCUUCGACCUCAUCAGGAACCUGUUCCCAGAGAACCUUGUCCAGGCUUGCUUCCAGCAGAUCCAAACGGUGACUAAGAAGGUGGAGAAGGUCAUUGUGGAGGAUGUCAACGCCACCACUACUGUGGAGGGUCUGCUGGCUAACAUCACCAAGGAACCAGAGUUCAUCAUCAAGAAAACUCUGCAGUUCAAGAGUGGCAUGAACGUCUUAGGUCUUAUUGGAUUCUUCAUUGCCUUCGGUAUCUGCAUGGGGAAGAUGGGCGAGAGAGCCAAGCUGAUGCUGGAGUUCUUCAACAUCCUCAACGAGAUAGUGAUGAAGAUCGUCAUCAUGAUCAUGUGGUACUCUCCCUUCGGUAUCGCCUGUCUGAUCUGUGGCAAGAUCAUCUCCAUCGACGACCUAGAGACGGUGGCAAGGCAGCUGGGCAUGUACAUGGUGACUGUCAUUGUGGGCCUCCUCAUCCACGGUGUCAUCUUCCUUCCCAGCAUCUACUUUGCCAUCACCAGGAAAAACCCUUUCACCUUCUUCAUGGGCAUCUUCCAGGCCUGGAUUACAGCCCUGGGAACUGCCUCCAGUGCUGGGACACUGCCCGUCACCUUCCGCUGCCUGGAGGAGAACCUCGGCAUUGACAAGAGAGUGACCCGCUUCGUGCUUCCCGUCGGCGCCACCAUCAACAUGGACGGAACCGCCCUGUACGAGGCCGUGGCGGCCAUAUUUAUUGCCCAGAUGAACGGCAUCCACCUGGAUGCUGGGCAGAUUGUCACUGUCAGUAUGACAGCCACUCUGGCCAGUGUGGGCGCUGCCAGUAUUCCCAGUGCUGGACUGGUCACCAUGCUGCUGAUCUUGACUGCAGUGGGCCUGCCUACCCAGGACAUCAGUCUGCUGGUGGCCGUUGACUGGCUCCUGGACCGUUUCCGGACCUCCGUGAACGUCGUGGGCGACUCCUACGGAGCGGGGAUCGUGUACCACAUGUCCAAGGCCGAGCUGGACGAGCUGGACGCUCACGCAGCCAAGUCGGACGACAUCGAGAUGAUGAACAAGACCCAGUCGUACUACGACGACAUGAAGAACCACCACGAAAACAACUCCAACCAGUGCGUCAGUGCCGCUCGAAAUUCAGUCGUAGUAGAUGAGUGCAAGGUAACCUCGGCCACAAACGGCUCUGCUGCGGAGUGCACGCUUGUUGAGGAGGAACCAUGGAAACGUGAAUAAUGCCAGCACACAGAUUCCCAGCUCCACAAGCUUUCCUAUCCAGUGAAAAAAUGAGUGGGGAAAAAAAACACACAAAAAAAACACGCAAACAGAACUACUAAUGUUUUUUUAUGUAGUUUUUUAUUUUAGUCCCUUUUAAAGUGUUUCUAACCGUCUAUCUGACUGACAGAGACAACUAAUACUAAUUCACUUAAGAGUGAGAUGAUAACAGAGGUAUGUUUAGCCUGUUAGAGUAUUAUAAUGUGCUAUGUAGCAAACACUUGCACAAUGGACAUCAAGGCUUGGGAGGGAGUGAAGAGAGAACAAACUGUUACUUAAACUAUUCCUAUAAAUAUGCUGACUGUUUCUACAGAGCCAGUGCUUUCAUAGCCUGGGGGGAGGGUUAGUGUCAUGGUAAACAGUACAGAAACAGCAGUCAUUCAGGCGGUAGGUUUCAGUUUGAUCCAGGCAACCUGUCGCUCGAGUGACAGAAGAUGAUUGAGAAUAAUUGUUAUGGAGUCAUGGAAGACUGACAGGUUCCCUGUGUUAAACGUCACUACAGUACGUCACAAGCUUGUCAUUACUAGCACCAAUGGCACAGCAAUAGGCAGCUGCUCAACCACAGAGCCCCUUUUAUCUGACAAAGUACACUUUGACCCUUCCUAACUUCCCUUCCCCUUGUAAAACAUCCCAUUGUCUUUGCUACCCACAAACCCCUUGGGUGCAUCAGGGUGAUGUAACAGUUGGAGACACAUGGCAAGGAUGGGAAUCCUGAUGCUUACUCUACAACCACACGUUCUGUGGAAAACACAAGCACAAUUCACAUAUGAUAAUGGAGCCCUUUUGUCUUUUGGUUGUGUCUACUGUAACGGGAAGGUAAUUUUUCAGUGUUGCCAUGCUGUAUCUGUGUGGUUUGUGUGAAUGGAUGUGUGUAUGAGUUUUGAUGAGAACAGGACCAAGUUACCUAUUGGGACCAAACAGACAUGAAAUCAAUCAACCCACAGAGGCCUUUGAAACGCCUCCAUGACUUUAUUCCAUGAUCAGUACUGUGUUUUUGGUUUCUACAUUGCGCACAAUCCAUGCAUUACCUAAACCCUUGAACUGUGGGUGUCUCAUUACUUUGUUUCAACUCCUCAAAAUGAGCCAUUAUGGAUCUGAGAACCCUGCCUGGUUCAUGCACUGGACUACUUAUAAUUAUAAACUACUGUAAUGGGAAUCCUACAGUAUCCCCAGAUGUUAAUACAUUAAACCAGAGUCACUUGAAUGUCCUUUUUCGUUUUUAUGAUUGAAUACUUAUAAUAAUAUGAGGCCAAAUAAAAAGAAGAUAGCACAAUUUUAUGACAAGCAAAUAUUAGAAUAUUGCACACAUUAAUUGUUGGCACUUAAAAAGAAAUUGCCAUUUGAACAAAAAGUCAUUGACAAAGCACUUGUGGUAUAGUAAGAUUGAAA